AUGCUUCUGGCUGUGGUCCUCACCUCUGCCCUUCUCUUCUGCUCUGUGGAGGGCCAAAGAUGCUUGACUUGGGCAGGAAUCAUGGAUUUGAACUUCCUCAUCCAGAUGUUGCAGGAAGAUCCAUCCUCCAAGUGCAGCUGCAGUGCCAAUGUGACCAGUUGUUUGUGUCUUCCCAUCCCUUCUGAUAACUGCGCUACACCGUGCUUCCAGGAAGGGUUGUCACAGAUUACCAACGCCACCCAGAAAACAAAAUUCUCACUGGCUUUCAUGCGGGUGAAAAGAACAGUUGAAGACCUAAAAAGCAACAAGUGUCCAUUUUUCUCCUGUGAACAGCCAUGCAACCAAACCACAGCAGGAAACACGGUGACAUUUCUGAAGAAGCUGAGGGAAACUUUCCAGAAAAAAAAGACAGGAGGGAUGUGA